GGUGCGCGGGGGGGCGCCUACCGGGCAUCUCCUCCCUGGGUGAAGGAGCUGCCCGGUCGUGGGGCGCUGGCCGCCAGGCUGUAUGGCUCCGUUGACCGGCGCUGUCCCCAGCACAGGAUGCUCCUGCACCCCCUGGCCAUGGAGCUCAAGGUGUGGGUGGACGGCAUCCCGCGAGUGGUCUGUGGUGUUUCGGAGCAGACCACCUGUCAGGAAGUGGUCAUCGCGCUAGCACAGGCCAUUGGGCAGACCGGCCGUUUCGUCCUGGUGCAGCGGCUGAGGGAGAAGGAGCGGCAGCUGCUGCCCCAGGAGUGUCCUGUGGGCGCUCAGGCCACCUGCGGGCAGCUUGCCAGUGAUGUCCAGUUUGUCCUGAGGCGCACGGGGCCCAGUCAGGGCUGCUGCCUGCCCCCAGAGCGAUGUGCCAUGCGGGCCAGCCUUCCUCCCAAGUCGCGGGGCGCCCGUGAGCCGGGUUCCCCCGCAACUCCCACGCCAGGCCACGGCCUGGACCUGCAGGGCCUGGAGCUGCGCGUGCAGAGGAACUCGGAGGAGCUGGGCCACCUGGCCUUCUGGGAGCAGGAGCUGCUGCGGGAGCAGGCACGGGAGCGCGAGGGGCAGGCCCGCCUGCAGGCCCUGACCGAGGCCACGGCAGAGCAUGCCUCCCGCCUGCAGGCCCUGGACGUCCAGGCCCGCGCCCUGGAGGCUGAGCUGCAGCUCCUGACCGGUGCCCGGGAAACCCCACUCCCCACAGCACCCACCAGGGAGCGGCUGUGUCAGGACCUGGCUGCCCAGGAGCGGCUCAGCGCAGAGGUGCAGGGCAGCUUGGCUCUGGUGCAUCAGGCCCUGGCCGCUGCUGAGCAGGCCCUGCAGGCCCAGGCCCAGGAGCUGGAGGAACUGAACCGGGAGCUACGGCAGUGCAACCUUCAGCAGUUCAUCCAGCAGGCGGGGGCCGCACUGCCCCCACCCCCGCGGCCCACCACACAGCCCCUUCUGCCUCCAGCCCAAGCGGAAGCUGUCCUGGGAGCCUGCAGGCUGAACCCCGAGGGUACGUGUCCCCUGCCUGUCCAGCCCCCCGCCCCAGCAGGUCCCUUCUCAGCCUCACCGACUCUGUCCUCCCCCCAGUUGUAUCCCUGAGGCAGAACUCCUGGAGGUAGCAGCCCUGGCAGCCUCUGCAGGCACGGCCCACCUCCCUGGCUCUGGGACACAAGCCCUGGAUGGUGGCAAGCUCUGGCACCCUUGCAUCCUGACCAGCCAGGACUCGUGUGUGUGUGUGUGUGUGUGUGUGUGUGUGUGUGUGCACAGCAGACAUGGUCCCACGGGGACACCUCAAUAAAGGCCCCAGUGGCU